CUAAUAAAAACCCUUUUCUUUCACACAUUUUAGAUCACAUAUGUAAAAGGAGACCUUUUUUCAUGCCCGAAAACAGACUCUCUGGCCCACUGCAUCAGUGAGGACUGUCGCAUGGGCGCUGGGAUAGCCGUCCUCUUCAAGAAGAAAUUUGGAGGGGUGCAGGAACUGCUAAGUCAGCAGAAGAAAACUGGAGAAGUGGCUGUCCUAAAGCGAGAUGGGCAGUACAUCUAUUACUUGAUCACAAAGAAAAGGGCUUCGCACAAACCCACUUAUGAAAACGUACAGAAGAGCUUGGAGGCCAUGAAGAUGCAUUGUCUGGAGAAUGGGGUCACCAGCCUCUCCAUGCCCAGGAUUGGGUGUGGUCUCGAUGGUCUGCAGUGGGAGAAUGUGUCCACAAUGCUGGAGGAGGUGUUUGAGGCAACAGACAUCCAGAUCACCGUGUACACACUCUGAACAGGCGCAUCCUGGAAUGUCCGACUUCUGUGUCCCCUGCCGGCCCGAAGGCUGCACAGACCGGCCCUGAAACGGGCAGAGGAAAGCAUCCUGUGAAGUAGUGUUUCUCUUGGGCUCGUGACUAGACUGUGCCUGGUGGAGGGGCUUGGGGAUUCCUUGGUUGGGUUUUUUUAGGGAGGAGGGAGUUGGUGGCUAAGGAGGAGACAGAUGUUGGGCCUCUGGCCCCACUUGCUCCAGUGUGCUACUUGGUUCAAUUGGCCACUAGGUGGCAGCAUUGAUUCUAAUUCUCUGCUUUUUCAAGAGAAAUUUCAGGGAGGAUGAAAACAUUUCAAUCUUUUGUCUGUGCACAUGCGUUACUAUCCACAAGUCUUCAAAUUGACCCCAGGAAGUGAAUUACGGGUCCCUUUUUUGGGGUCAUUUUAUUGUGUUGGGUGAUUUUGCUUUUGUUUUCAUUACAAAAUGGAGUUCUACCUUGUUGACAAGCAAUUUGUAGUAACAAGAAUGGUUUUUGUUGGUCUGGGCUAGGGUGUGAUGUUCGCCUGUAACUUCAUUUCAAAAAUCAGGAUCCUGGGGGAAGGCCCAGCAGCAUACUUAGGCCUGGGCAGGAAUUGUGAGUCAGGAAUUGUGCCCAGAGCCGGCUCUGUGACCACAUGCGUGUGAAUGCCAUCCUGAGACUAGUGGAAUCAGGUGUGAUAUGCCUGGCCCAGUGCUGCUCACACAGUCAGGGGUUAGCAACAGCGUGCCUUCAGACAGACACACUGGGGCCUAGCCCCUCCAUUCCCCCCAAACCAGGGUGGGCUAGUGCAGAGGAGACUGGAGGCCAGGGCUGGGAGGCGAGCCCCUUGUCCUUGCCCUUGCCCCUUCUCUCCUCGGCUGGAGGGAGCCGUGCCAGGUGCACUCCCGGUUUCCUGGUGAGGGAAGACUAGGUUUUCCACAGCCGUUGUGUGUCGGAGCUAUUGGGAAAACAAGUGUUAUUUCCUCUUGGCUGUGGCGCUGGGAGUUAAAGCAGCCAGACCUGUUACUGAUGGUCUCCGAUGAGUUCUGAGCGGCAGUAUAGGGGCAAACUUGGAGACUCCUGGAAGCUUUGCAUCUGUCCAGGUACAUGCAGUCAACUCCAAGAGAGGCAAAAAGGGGGAGAGGCAUACACAAGUUUGAAAGUGAUGGUGGGGUUGUGAGAGGAAACGAAAAAGUAUGCAACCACCUGGGCUAAAACUCAGGGUUAACUUUAUGCUCUGGAAUGUGAGCCUAGACGAUUCUCUUAAGAGAACAUAUCCAGGAUGGGAGGUAAUCGGAAUUCUGAUCAUUUGCCUUGUCACUUGCAGCUAGUCUCCCGGUCAAAUUCCAGUGGGUUAUCAGACUGGAAGCCCAGGCUGAUAGAAUGAGCACAUUGUUCCUGGAAACCUUGUUAGAGUUUGGCAGGCAUCCAGAAAUCCACAUGUGAAGAUAUAUGCUGCUACUGAGGAGACAUUGAGAAGUGAGAAUUUUUACUUCCCCCAGCCAUCCCAGUCUUCAAUACCACACAUGACGUGCUUUUCACGAUCUGUAUCCGAACACUGUUAUCUCCCCAUGGCUCGCCCUCCUCUACUUCCUCAGUGAAUGAGUUACUGAUCAGGAAUCGGGAGGUAGGGAUUGCCCUCGCCUGUUUUUUCUUUAUCCUCUCCCAUAGGGUCCACUUGAGUCGACAGCACCUAGCAGCAGACAACAUCCCGGUUCACCUUUUCCUAAAAGGGAAAAGGCCCUCAUUUACAAGUCAUCUGUUUGGCAUGAAGGUCAAGACCCAGGUGGGAAGUCUACGUGGGAGAGUUGGUGUCCUGGGGCCGAGAACAAGGCCCGAUUGGUGUAGUCGUUGCUAAACCACUUUGUAAUGUUUCAGUUUGGUGAUGGUACCGGCCAACCAUCCACAUUCCUUCAAAUAAAAAGGCUUGGCUAAAGACCACA